UAUUGACCAUGGCAAAGAGAAGAGAAAAAAAAGUCAAAAACAACGGCCCACCACCUAUGGAACAGCCACGUUCCCAGAAAAAGAGAGAGAGAAGAUUGGGAAGGAAGAGGCAGAGGAAGGCUGCUCUGAAGGCUUUCAAGACUAACACAGCUCCAUCUCCUAAUCAUGCUACUACUUCUAAUCCUGCACCUAAUGUUGAUCCUGCUCCAAACACUAAUGGUGGUAGGGCUGGGGGGAAAAAUAAAGAGAAGGAUAAUAGUGAUUCGAUGCCUGGGUUCAUUUUCAUGUGCAAUGGGAAAACAAAAGCGGAGUGUUAUCAAUACCGUGUAUUUGGGUUACCAGCUGGGAAAAUUGAUAUUGUGGAGAAGAUCAAGAAGGGCACAAAACUCUUUCUGUUUGAUUUUGAUCUGAAACUGCUCUAUGGUGUAUAUAAGGCUACUUGUGGAGGAAAAUUGAGCUUGGAGCAGGCUGCUUUUGGAGGGAAAUUUCCUGCUCAGGUGAAAUUCCGGAUUCACAUGGACUGCUUACCUCUGCCUGAAAAUGCUUUCAAACAUGCUAUCCGUGAAAACUACCAGGGUGGUACAAAAUUUAAUCCAGAGCUGACAGAUACACAGGUCAAGAAACUGAUUUCAUUGUUUCGUCCUGUUGCUGCAUCAGCACAAACACCUGUUGCCCCCCCUCUGCCAAAUGUAGCCCCACAAUGGGGACUUCCACCUUCAGUAAUUGAAGAUCGAUUCCGACGCCCUAUGAGGAUGGCUCCUCCAGAAGAUCCAUAUACAGCUGGGGCUUACCAUAGUCAUGCCCCACCAGCCCAUGAGUCUCAAUAUGCCCUGCCUAUAGCUCCACAGGCGAGAACAGCUCCUCCAGAAGACCCAUAUAGCGCUGUUGCUCGCCUUAGACAUCAUCCACCAGUCCUGAAGUCUCAAUAUGUCCAACCUAUGGCUCCACAGGCAAGGGCGGCUCCUCCAGAAGACCCAUAUUUUGCUGGAGGUCACCUAAGAGAUGCACCACCAGCCCUAGAAUCUCGACAUGUCCCCCCUGUAGGCCCACCUCCACUAAAUGAUCGUUACGGAUCAGCAGUUGGCCUACCACCUUAUAAUGACCCGUAUUAUUCUGCAGAGGUGCAUUUGCCAUAUGUUCCCGAGAACCUGGCCCUACAUGCACAGGAUCCAUACAGCAGGUACAGGGGUGCACCAGAGUUGGUUCCGCAUGAUCGACUCCUUGGCUUGGAGAGUGACUAUAACAGGUCUCUCCUGCGGAGGGGAAGGGACAUUGCAUCACACUUUGAUAAUGCUGUUGAUUACUACUACAACCAGCAGUCAACAGUGGCGGCGCCGCAUGGUCCGGUAGCAUCACAUGUCCCAGGCAUAGUUCCUGCCCCAUCACGGGCCCCUAUGGAAUUGCCUUCAUCGCAGACGGCUGGUUAUUGGUCAACAGUCGCAUAUGAGGACCCAAACCGUGGGUAUGCUGAACCUCUGCCAAACCGUGGGUAUGCUGAACCACUGCAGAGGUCUGUUGCAGAAAUGACCGCCUUGGGGGGGACAAACCUGCCUGUCUCUUCUCUUUAUUCAUUUGCAGGAGCUGCACCUGCGUACCGUUGA